GUGCCCAGGCGCUGCACGCUGCACGGGCCAGUAGCUAGCAGCAGAAGCCAUAUCCAGACAGAGAGCCCUGGGGGCAGCAGAGGGGGGCCAUGUGAGAGCCAGUAGUACCCAGCCACCUGUGGACCCCACUGCCGCCCCACAGAGUGGCAGUCGGAGCCGAGGGUCAGCCGCAGACACCCCAGCUCCCCCCCACCACCACCCCACCACUCGCGCCCCGCCCCGGGCCGGCCCCGCCCCGGCCGCGGCCAGCGGGUCCUUUAUAGGGCAGCGCUCCGGGAAGCCGGGGCCGCCGCCCUCCCCACAGCCCGCGACCGGUUCAGCUCCGCCAUGCGUCCCGGGGCGCCCGGGCCACUGUGGCCACUGCCCUGGGGGGCCCUGGCCUGGGCCGUGGGCCUCGUGGGCUCCAUGGGCUCGGGGGACCCCACGCCUGGAGGCGUGUGCUGGCUGCAGCAGGGCCCGGAGGCCACCUGUAGCCUGGUGCUCAGGACUGAAGUGAGCCGAGCUGACUGCUGCGCCUCGGGCAGUGUGGACACCGCCUGGUCCAACCUCAGCUAUCCCGGGGACAAGAUGAGCCUCCUGGGCCUGCUGGGCCUGGUGCACUGCCUGCCCUGCAGAGAUUCGUGCGACGGCGUCGAGUGCGGCCCGGGCAAAGCGUGCCGCCUGCUGCGGGGCCGCCCGCGCUGCGAGUGCGCGCCCGACUGCGCGGGGCUGCCGGCGCGUCUGCAAGUCUGCGGCUCCGACGGCGCCACCUACAGCGACGAGUGCGAGCUGCGCGCCGCGCGCUGCCGCGGCCACCCGGACCUGCGCGUCAUGUACCGGGGCCGCUGCCGCAAGUCGUGCGCGCACGUGGUGUGCCCGCGGCCGCAGUCGUGCGUCGUGGACCAGACGGGCAGCGCGCACUGCGUGCUGUGCCGGGCAGCGCCGUGCCCCGCGCCCUCCGGCCCGGGUCAGGAGCUUUGUGGCAACGACAACGUCACCUACGUGUCCUCGUGCCACCUGCGCCAGGCCACCUGCUUCCUGGGCCGCUCCAUCGGCGUGCGUCACGCGGGCAGCUGCACAGGUACGGACGCGUGGGCAGCCACCGCAGGGCGGCCCCCCGAAACGCUCACGCGCCCGUCCCCCGCAGGGCCCCCCGGGGAGUCUCCCGCCAUGGAGUCCGACGAGGAGGAGGAGGAGGAAGAGGAGGCGGAGAACUUCGUGUGAGCUGCGGGGCCGCCG